AUGACCCUUCCGUCCCUUCUCCUUCACCUUCACCUUCUCCUCCUCCUUAGCAUCAUCCUCGCCCUCCUCCUCCGCCGCCUCCUCCACCUCCUCUUCCUCCUCCUCCUCAUCCUCCUCCUCCUCCUUCUCCUUCGCCUUCUCCUCCUCCUUCGCCUUCUCCUUCUCCUUCGCCUUCUCCGUCUCCUUCGCCUUCUCCAUCGCCUUCUCCUUCUCCUUCUCCUUCUCCUUCGCCUUCUCCUUCCCUUUCUCCACCGACUUCCCCCGUGUUGUCCUCUGCGAGCUCGGCCUCCCUUUCCCAGUGUCGGCCGUCCCCUUCUGUUUCGACUUGGUGACCACCACAGCUGCAGUGGUCGUCUUUAG